AAUAAACAAAAAAGCCUCAUUUCUCUCAUCAACUAUUGUUGCGUGUUUGGUUAUCUCUCUCUUCUCUUUUCUUUUCUUCUUCUUCUCUCUCUCUUUCUCUUUUACCUAAAUCAAAGGGAUUUGUUCUGAUCAAAAACUUAUUAUUUUUUUGAACAGAAUUUAACAAACAAAUCCCUAAAAACGAACCCAUCCCUUCAAGAUUAAGAAACCCCACCGAUCUGUUGAAAUUUUUCAUUCCGGAAGCUUUUUUUUUGCAAAUUGGUGGCAACAAAAAUCUCAUUUGAUCUGACUUUGUUCUGGUGAGAUUUGAGAAGGUACAAGAAAUGGGCUCUGAGCAGAACAACAGCACAAGCUUUCCACCAACAGAGCCAAAGCUCUGCGAUAACGGAUGUGGGUUCUUUGGAUCACCGUCCAACAUGAACCUCUGUUCGAAAUGUUACAGAAGCUUACGUGCCGAGGAAGAUCAAACCGCGGUAGCCAAAGCUGCGGUUAAGAACUCUUUAAAGAUUCCGUCUUGCAGUAUCGUUGCGCCGGAACAAAAGCAGGUUCUGGAAGUUAAACAAGCACCUGUUGAAACCGUUGUUGUAGCGGCUGAGCCGUCUUCGGCUGCGGAGGAAGAUGGUGAGCCGUCGAGACCUGUACGACCGAACAGGUGUUUCAGCUGUAACAAGAAGGUUGGUGUAAUGGGUUUUAAGUGCAAAUGCGGUAGCACGUUUUGCGGGAAUCAUAGGUACCCGGAGAAGCAUGAGUGUAGCUUUGAUUUCAAAGAAGUUGGGCGUGAUGCUAUCGCAAAGGCCAACCCGGUGAUUAAGGCCGAUAAAGUCCAGAGGAUUUGAAAAAGCAAAAUGUUAUAUUUCUGAAGUUAUUUCUUUGUCUUCUGCAAUUUGAUCAGUUUCUUCCCGGGAAUGUUGAUGUGAUGUGAUCAUGUUCGAUUUGUGUUUGGUUUCCAUGAAUCAAAAAUGAAAAAUUUCUGCUCUUGAUUUCUCUUAAAAUGGAGUCUCAGUUGCUCGUACGUUUAUCUUGUAAAACUAGACACGUCGUGAGAUUGAAUCUAUUUGCUUUUCUCC